AUGUUAGAUGAAAUUCAUAGACAAGAACGUGAAGAGAUGGAAAAGAAACUUCAAGCAAAAGAUGAAGUCAUUGAAGCAAAAGACAAAAACAUACAGAAAAGAAUACCACGUUCGGUACCAAAAGGAAAGGAAAAGAACUAUAAGUAUAUGAUUUACACUGAAGAGAUGGAAAAUGAAGAAGACAGAGAUAUGGUUAUGUUGCAUUUAGUCAGAAGAAACAACAAAAGCUUUUACGACCUUGCUAAGAUUUACAAAUCUGACAGAAAUUGGUUCUAUCGCGAAAACUUACCGAUUUCAAUGACACCAAAUGAAGAUGUUAAACAGAUAGUUCAAGAUACGUUACCUCAAACACACUAUGAUAUGAAAGGUUGUACAAUACUUACAUUCAAAGAAGAUUUACCGCUACUGAAGGAAAAGAUAACAGAGUAUUUUGACAACUUCAAAGAAGAAGAGUAA